GGAACGGUUACUGCCGCAGCUUAUUUUGAUGGGAUUGGGCUUCGCUGAACUGCAUCACGUAGACUGGCCUCAACGUCCCUUGUCCUGGUGGCAAAGGCAAUACUACCAAACGCGCUGGCAUCAGCGGAUGCGCUUUACGACAACCCCCCGACCAGGAGCAACACCGGAAUGGCAUGAGCUGCGAAUGGUUUACCCAUGCUAUUGCUAUAAGCCCGAUAAAGACUCGAAUACGGAACAGUAUGAGAAAUUCUUGGUCGAGAACAAAGAUAUAUUUAUUUUGAAUAAAUAAUAAUAAUAUUCCAGGGCUAAGCCGAAA